UAGUAAGGGAGCGGCAGCACGACAAACGAGAAAACGUAUAACACGCAUCUAAAUAACCCUCAAACCUGUGUUAAAAUCCGUAUUGCAGCAAACGCCAUCUAUUGAAAAAUAUUGGAUAAAUCGGCAUCGUAGUACACAUGAGGUGAUUUUGAUAGAAUCCCUAUCGGGAAAUUGAUAUUUUUUCAGAUUAUUUAAGGCAAAUUUCAAUAAAAUCAUAUUGAACUUAAUGUGACUAUAGACAUUAUAAACUAAAAAACUAAAACUUUAGAGGUGACUUGCAGUUUUCGAAAAAAAAUUCAAGAAAACCUCAAGAUUUUACACUUGCGUGGUUCAAAAGUUGCAUUUAUUUAUAAAGGGGCAUAAUCGAAAGAGGCAAUAAACAAUUUCUGAUCAAACUUGAAAAUGGUUAAGUUUACAACAUGCUACUUGGCAGUGUCCACACUUAUUGCAGUUGUCUGUAGUAUUACAGUGUGUGUGGGCUUCAUCGUUAUGUUGAGUAACAUGGAAGAAGCAUGCCCACCUCUUAAGUGUCCUACAGAAAACAGCUAUUCUGCAAUUGUCCAGUCACCACCAGAACUGUCUACAGCUUCUCAUCCUACCUUUCCUGGAAGCUCAUCAGGUAUUCUGCUAGAAGGAAAAAUUGCUUCCCACCCUAAAUCAGACAUUUACGACCCUGACGAUAAAAAUACCGACAACAUUUACGUUCGAAAACCACAAGAAAGGAAGAUUUCUCUUACUAGUUUCUCGGAAAACGACGAUGACAACAGUAACAACAUAGAACCGGUAUUUCUUUUACAAAAGACCAUUCCAGGAAACGACCAAAAUAUGGUAGCCCUUCUGUCAUCUAUGGUUUCUCGUGGCACUUAUCACAACACAGAAGCGAAAAUAGAGUCUACGAAAAACUUCAACCUCGAAAAGAAAAUGACAGGUGUCUUGUCGUCUUUUGUUUCUUCCGAGACAAAUUCAGCAGAAGAAAGGGAUUUCUUUAACAAGUUUUUGAUACUCCUUUCGGAGCAAGGAAUUGACCAGGAUAUCAAACCGAAAAUGUUUCAGGUCCUAGAAAACAUAAUGGGUCGGCCCGAGCACGAUAAGGCAAUUAGACUGAAAAUGGUGAAGCUCAUGUCAAAGAUCGUUUCGCAAAACAUUGAUGAGGCCGUCAAGUGGAAAAUGCUAAAACUUCUCUUGAAAAUAGCUUCACAAGAAACCGAAACAAAAAUCAAAUCGAAAAUGAUAGCAAUCCUUCAAGACAUUAACGAGGAGAAAAGCAUCGGGUUAAAGCUGAAGGCCGCCAAUUCUCUGUCUGCAGUCGUUGACUACCACGCCAUAGAUGAAACAAGAUCACAAAUGGAGAGUCUACUUUCUAUGAUAGUAUCUCCAGCCAAGGAAACAAACGUGCUAAACAUUUUCACGAAUAUUCUUUAUGAUCUUAAACCACUGGAAUUGGACGUUGAUCAAAAAUCAAAAAUGAUUGCCGUACUUUUCAGUGUUUCUCCUGAAGAAAGCACACCUGAUGUAGAUCCUGCCAAGGAAACCGACACACUGAAAAUUUUCUCGGAAAUUCUCCAUGAUCUUAAAGGACUGGAAUUGGACGUUGACCAAAAUUCAGGAAUGAUUAACGUUCUGUUCAGUGUUGCACGUGGAGAAAACACACCUGAUGCGGACCCUGCCAAGAAAAUGAACAUGCUGAGCGUUUUCUCGAAUAUUGUUUAUGAUCUUACAACCCUGGCAUUGGACGUUGACCAAAAAUCAGAAAUGAUUAACGUACUCUCCAGUGUUGUUCGUGAAGAAAACACACCUUAUCCAGGUCAGGCCAAGAAAACAGACAUGCUGAACAUUUUCUCGAAUAUUCUUUAUGAUCUUACACUACUGGAAUUGGACGUUGAUCAAAAAUCAAAAAUGAUUGCCGUUUUUUUCAGUGUUUCUCUUGAAGAAAACCCAUCUGAUGUAGAUCCUGCCGAGAAAACCGACAUGCUGAACAUUUUCUCGAAAAUUCUUCAUGGUCUAAAAGGAUUGGAAUUGGGCGAUGACCAGAAAUCAGUAAUGAUUAACGUACUCUUCAGUCUUGCUCGUAAAGACUUCAGUCUUUCUCGUAAAAAAAAUACACCUGAUGCGGACACUGCCGAGAAAACAUACAUACUGAAAACGUUCUCGAAAAUUCUUCAUGAUCUUAAAGCACUGGAAUUGGACGCUGACAAACAAUCAGAAAUGAUUAAAGUUCUGUCCAGUGUUGCACUUGGAGAAAACACACCUGAUGCGGACCCUGCCAAGAAAAUGAACAUGCUGAGCGUUUUCUCGAAUAUUGUUUAUGAUCUUACAACCAUGGCAUUGGACGUUGACCAGAAAUCAGAAAUGAUUAACGUACUCUCCAGUAUUGCUCAAAACACACCUUAUCCAGGUCAGGCCAAGAAAACAGACAUGCUGAACAUUUUCUCGGAUAUUCUUUAUGAUCUUACACUACUGGAAUUGGACGUUGAUCAAAAAUCAAAAAUGAUUGCCGUAUUUUUCAGUGUUUCUCUUGAAGAAAACCCGUCUGAUGUAGAUCCUGCCGAGAAAACCGACAUGCUGAACAUUUUCUCGAAAAUUCUUCAUGGUCUAAAAGGAUUGGAAUUGGGCGAUGACCAGAAAUCAGCAAUGAUUAACGCACUAUUCAGUCUUGCUCGUGAAGAAAAUACACCUGAUGCGGACACUGCCGAGAAAACAUACAUACUGAAAAUGUUCUCGGAAAUUCUUCAUGAUCUUAAAGCACUGGAAUUAGACGUUGACAAACAAUCAGAAAUGAUUAACGUUCUGUCUAGUGUUGCACGUGGAGAAAACACACCUGGUGCGGACCCUGCCAAUAAAAUGAACAUGCUGAGCGUUUUCUCGAAUAUUGUCAAUGAUCUUACAACCCUGGCAUUGGACGUUGACCAAAAAUCAGAAAUGAUUAACGUACUCUCCAGUGUUGCUCGUGAAGAAAACACACCUUAUCCAGUGUUUUUCCUGAAGAAAACCCAUCUGAUGUAGAUCCUGCCGAAAAAACCGAUAUGCUGAACAUUUUUUCGAAAAUUCUUCGUGGUCUAAAAGGAUGGGAAUUGGACGAUGACCAAAAAUCAGUAAUGAUUAACGCACUCUUCAGUCUUGCUCGUGAAGAAAAUACACCUUAAAUCACAA